CAAAACAAAAGGAAGUGAGGCUUGUUCGCACAUAAUAUUUCUGCCUUAUGUAACCCCUUAAAUUAACUAAUAAAGCGCAAUUUGUUGGCAUUUAUUGCUUCAGCAGAAGAGUUUUAAGCUUGAAGACACACAUGGAGCCAUAAACCAGGAAAGACUCUCUCUUCUUUUUUCUGUGCCUGUAAGGCUUGUAUCAGCAAGAUUGUAGAAGAUUGGAGAAAUAACCGGGGCCCUUUGGGCCCAGGAAGAGGAUGCACCGGGGAGGGGAAAAGGAUUUUCAGAUAUCAGCACGAAAGAUGGGCACAUCCUUGCUUUUUCAGUUGUCAGCUCAUGAACGAGAGCUGGAUUUGGUAUUUCUAGACCACAGCUAUGCCAAGCCAUGGAACGCCCACCCAGAUGCCAGCAGCGCCCGUCCCACAAGAACGCUGUUUGUUACGCCUCGUCGCCAGCCUGAUGCCUUACAAGAGACUGAUUCUGUCAUUGACGUGGAAACAGUCACGCCAACACCUGUACCGCUGUAUGAUAACCAGAAAGCUUUAAGUGUGAUGAAGGAGUGUGAGCGACAUGUUCUCUUCGCUCGCACAAUUGCUGAGAGUCCUCCACCGCCUGAUGACUGGGAGGAACAUAUAAACAAGACUGGUUGGUCAGUGGCCCAAAACAAAUUGUUCAAUAAAGUCCUUAAAGCCCUGCAAGCUGAAAGACUAGCCCGCUUGGCCAAUGAAAAUGCUUCCAAUGAGCCAAUUUUGCGGAGGAUAGCUGUGGACAAGUGUGCGAGGAAGGUGCGGCAUGCACUAGCUAGUGUGAACUGGGAUACCAAAUUGACUCAAUGGUUACACAACACCAUGAUUGAGUCUUUGAGCCUCGCCAUGCUAGCUGCAUACCUGGAUGUGCUGCAGACUCUCAAAAGCAAGUUGCCCUUGCUGAUCGACAGAAUGCUGCUUGCAUCGGCAAAGACUGGCACUCCGAGUGCAGAGGCUUUGUCACUGCUACUGAAACGGCCCUGGGACCCUGCUGUUGGAGUCCUGUCCCAAAAUAAACCUUGCAAGCUUCCUGGAUCCCCACUUAUUCUCAUAGCACCAUCAAGCCCAACCAAUCCAGCCCUCUCCACCUCCCGGCGCAUGAGAUUCUGGCAGUCACAGCUCUCUUGUUUGGGGAAGGUCAUCCCAGUACACUGUCAUGUGAACAGUGGAGCAAAUAUCGGUGUCACUCAGUGUUUGGAGCACAUGCUGGGCACUGUGAGGGCCAAGGUUAUGGAGGUUCACAGUCACUUUCCUCACAAACCCAUCAUCCUCGUUGGCUGGAACACAGGCGCUCUUAUUGCUUGUCAUGUUUCUCUUAUGGAGUAUCUGACAGCUGUGGUGUGUCUAGGCUUUCCUCUGCUAUCAGUCAACGGACCAAGAGGGGAUGUGGAUGACCCCCUUCUGGACAUGAAGACACCAGUCCUGUUUGUAGUGGGCCAGAAUGCGCUGCAGUGUAGCACUGAAGGCAUGGAGGACUUCAGGGAGAAGCUGAGGGCAGACAACAGCAUGGUGGUGGUGGGAGGAGCAGAUGACAACCUCAGGAUUAAUUCCGCCAAAAUGAGGUCAGAGGGGCUGACACAGACCAUGAUUGACCGCUGUGUCCAGGAUGAAAUAUCUGACUUCCUGUCUGGUGUCCUCACACGAGCCGAGGGACACGGUCAUGGCUCAGGUGAGAUGAGGGACAUGGACACAGAGAAGAAGAAAAGGCCUCGGCGAGAACUUCCCUUUGAUAUGGAGCGAGGACGACCGUCAUCCCCUGCGCUUAGAGUUCCCAUCUCGCCAUCAGGUUCAGAGGAUCUGUCUAGUGUCUGCAGCAGUCCCACUUCAAGUCCCAAACCCAAGACGUCUGGUUUGUCUCCUGCGCAGAAGUCCAGUCUGAUCACAGCAACACAGCUCCUGAAGACGCACAUGCAGCGCUCAGGCACAGUACUCACUCACAAACAGGCUCAAGCUCAGUUUGCUGCUUUUAUGAAACAAAACAUGCUUGUGAGGAAAAAUCUUCCUCCAGGCACUCCUCCUUGUAUUUUUGUGCCAGUGUCCAGUGAUCACAUGGAUGGUCUGGACAGAGAUGAACUGAGGUCUCAUGGCAAGAGGAGGCAGACACCUAGUCCCACACCAAGCAAAGCUUCCAAGAGAGCCAAGAUCAAGGUCACCAUUGUUUCCCAAAGCGAGUCAGCAGGGGGCACCAUCAGCCCAGCUGCACAGGAAGUGGGUGUCUCUGGGAAGCCCUUAACAGUGACAGUGGGACAGACUGUGGCUGGAGCCAAGGAGCUCUCUGGUCUUCUCACAGGCCAGCGGUCUGGUAGUGUCUCAGAGGUGUCUGGUGCCCUGUCCCCAGGCUCCAGCUCAUUCAGCAGCAGCGUGCAGCCUUGCAUGGUGUCGGGGUCCUCCACACCAGCCCAGGCGCAAGCUCCGGCUACUGCCCAAGCAGCUUCCGCCAGCAGUCUUCUUCAAGGUCUAAGUUUCAGUCUUCAGGAGAUCGUCACCAAAGCUCCUAGCCUGCCCCCCACGACAGCAAACACAGGCAGCACCCAGGCUGUCUGUGGGAAGCCUCAGGGUCAGGUUCUGGGCUCAGUCGGUACCAGCAGCAGUACUGUGCUCCGGGCGGUGCCUGUGGUGACCACAGGAGGAGUGGCUAAAACCACCGCCAUCCACCAGCUGCUCACAAAUGGCGGGCUGGCGAAACUUGCCAGCAGCUUACCCGGCUUUGCGCACAUCACCAAUCAGACCGCCGUAGGGCAAAAAGCCCCGACAUCGAUAACGGUUACCCUCCGAGGAGCACAGCCAAGUAGAGUGGGAUCCCUCGGCCAAACUGGUGACGGGACGCCGGCUCGCAUCAGUGAGCCACAGCAGUGAAAGUCUCUGCUCAACAUUCGCUUUGGUGACACAUCUGAUGAGGCUGGUGCCGUGCCAGAGGCAUCUGUGAACCGCAGCCUGCUGAUGAGACUGUUCCCUCCCUAUGAUGAUGAACACACCAACCGACAACACGCAGAACACCUGCCUCCUGCCGUCCUGAGAGAGGGUUGGAAAAGGCCAGGCCGUCUCCUUCGGCUACGGCUGAGCUGCUGAGCCGCUUCACCUCUGUGUGCAGAUGGGUAGCACAGACUCUAAUAACACUGCAGUUUUGGUCCCUGUGCUCUAGUCUGUGCUUUCUAUUUACACCUUUAACUUUUAUGACAACAACUAUGGAGGAAGUCUUAUCAUUUGAGGACAAACUGCAACCCCAGACCGUUAUAACUGCACUGUACAGCAAGCAAAAGCCUCAACUAAUGAACAACUUUGCAUCUCAUUAAGCAAAGGUCUAGACAAGUAUAUUAACAGGAAUGUUGGCUUGUUUGUGGAGCAUUUUAAUGUCACAACUUGAUAUCUACACAUUUGUGAAGAAGACUUAAUUAGAAUUUUAGCUGUGACUUCCUUAUUAUUUAUCACAGUAAUUAUAUUCAAAUCAUUAAAGCUUUUCAUCAUAGUAAUUGCCUUUUGUGAAGCAGUGUUCUUCCACAAUAAAAAGAUGACAGAGCCGUAUAAUGUGGCUAAGAAAGAACUUCAUUUCAAUGCUAAUUAAAAGCCAGUAGUGGUCUUUAGAUUUCAGAAGCAGCAGUGGAAAGUUGACGUGCAAUGAUUACACUGAGUAGUAAGCACUGUUUUGUGAAAAGCUGACACAUGAACGGGUUAAAUCUGAACAGUUUUUUCUCUUUAAUUCAUGUAAGUCAUACUACAUGAGACUGUUUUUCACAUCUGCACUGAAAGACUUUUCCUCGAAACUGCCAUAGUAGGCUAUAAAAACAAUCUUCCCAAAACGCUCAACUGUUUGUUUGUGUAAAUAUUUGUUCCUGUUUUUUCAGCACUUUUAGUGUUAAGCAAUCUAUAAAACUCCUCUUCUUCGAAACAUGACGAAGACACUCUAGUGCAUCAUAGUGAAAACUGUUUACAGCAGCAGAAUAAAUAAGACCCACUCAUCUCAGCAGACAUCCGGUCUUAAAUUCCACACAUAGGCCGUGGUCAGAUAAGAUAAAGAGAAGAGUUUCUCUACCGUCCUGCUUAUAUAAACCAGGCUUUGUAUGUAAUAAUUAGGACAGGAUUACUGAUGCCAGACAAAAUGACAACAACAGAGCUGCUGACACAGCUUCCCUCCAUCAUCCUCUUUAGCAUCAUCAGCUGCAGCAGCAGUGAAAAAAGAUCCACCUGAGGUCUUCAUCAAGUCCUGAUCAUGUUUUAGGUAGAAAGAAUUUGGCCAAAGUCUGAUAGCAUGAAAUUAAAGCUUGAUUUCAGGGUGUUGAUUAAAAUUAGGUAGCUAGGUAAAGGGGCUGUCAGGAUUAAUCCACUUAACCACAAUCAAUCAAGGGCCACAAUUUCUGCACUAACUUUUUUCAAUCAUGAUUAAUGGCAUGACUUAUUGUCCGUAUCAGGACACUUUGGUUGAUUCUCUGCAACAUCUUCCUGUAUCUACAGUGAUGUAAAAUAACUCCACCACUGCUACUUAAUGCCAUAUUUUACUUUAAAAAACUCACAAAGGGCUCAGUGGAUAAGUCAGAGGCAUCUGCACCCUGUCUUCUCAAGCAUUUACCUUUUUACUGUUUGCUUUUUUUACUUUUUAAUCCUUAAGUUCCUUUUAUAAAGGUAUUGGUCAUGUUCUUAUCUCUGAUCUACCUAUAAAAGCCAGGCUGAAUCCAAACAGGAAAAUGAUUACCUUUAGUAGUAGAACAUUCAAAAUGACACAAAAGCCAUUCUGAAUGCAAAAUAGUGGCAUUUUAAAAUGUGAUAAAAACCCUGCGGUUAAUUGCAAUUAACAACAGAAAUUCUGAGAUAAAUAAUGUGAUAAAAACUUUGAUCUUUUGGCAGCCCUAGUAGGUAAUUAGCAUUACAGUAGGCUUUAGAAGGACCCGUAGCAUUAACAUGUACUGAAUUCAAACUCUUAAAUAUAUUUAAUAAAAUACUUAGUGGACUUUCAGAGAUAUCAUUAAAUCAGUCACUUUUAUUUGUACUGCACCAAAUCAUAAAUGGUAAAUGGCCUUUAUCUUGUAUAGUGCUCUAGUUGGUUCCCAACCUGAGGUCCGGGACCCCUUUAGGAGGGAGCCAUAGAUAU